CACCUCCACACCCUCUCGUCGUCAUAACCUCGGAAGCCAUCGAUCCACCCACGGCGCCCACAAGUUGUCGGCGCCAAACUCUCUUUUCUCUAGCAGCUUACUAUGGUACUCAACCGCGACUCCAGGCAGGUCUUGUCAAGCUCAAAAGUCAGAUGGCCACGCGCAGAUCGCAAACCCCGCUUACAGCCUGCUGGGAAUGGUCGGAACCGGAUGUGUCCCCGGCGGAGCGCGCUCGUAUCCCCAGGUCGAGUCCGGUCAUCUUCGGGCGUCCCUCUCGGACCGUUAAGAGGCCCACAAAGUCAACUUCCCGUCGCGCUUUCUCACUGCGAUGCCUUUGCUCAGAUGCAACCGACCCGAGCUCAGCUUCGCGUGUGGCUCACCCCGAGUCUGGACAGUGUGUGGGUUCGCCGAGAGCUCCCAAGUCUCUGGGUCGAGCAGGGGACCGCCUCCGUCCGACAGCGACAGGCAUUGUAUGCAUGGCAUUUCGUUCCACUCUGACCGCACCCAAGGUCUCCCGAACUUGGCGCAUUUGUCGCAGCGUGCCUCGGAUAGCUGACGACUCUCCGCUGUGCUCUUCAAGACUAGCCUCUCUAAGUCGACCUAGACGUUGGCGUCAGGUAGCAUCAAAGUUGCUGUGCCAUCCUUCUUCAAGAGCUCCAGCUUGGAAGCGCGUUAAUUCGCUUAUCGGACCCUCGAAACCGUUGGUGCAGCUUGAGCCAAGACGCCUUCACUGCCGGAGAGCAUUACGCAAGCACCAUGCCAAUGGAGAGCUAUCGAAGGGCUUUUCUGAGUCCAAUAGCACAGAUUGUAGGUGUCGCUUGCGGUAUCUGUGAUGCCGCACUGUGUCGUGGCAUCAGCCGCCAUCAACGGCAUCUUCCUCUAGCCAAGAGGCCGGCGGGCAUGCCAAGAUGAUAACCACGG